AUGAACAGUCUUUUGAUUACUUUAAGGGCAUAUGCAACAGGUGCAUUCAACAUUCUUAUUGGGGACAACAGUAGUGUAAAUCAUACAACAGCACAACGAAUUAUCAGUGAUGUAUCAGACAUCAUAGCAUCAAUGUCUCCUCGAUUUAUAAAAUUUCCUACAAGAGAAGUAGUGCGCUCUCUGAUGUAUGAUUUUAGUCAAUUGGACCGAUUUACUGGCGUUCUUGGUACCUUGGAUUGCACCCAUAUAAGAAUUCAGUCUCCUGGAGGACACAAAGCGGAACUUUUCCGCAAUAGGAAAUCAUAUUUUUCCUUUAACUGCCAGACCAUUAGUGAUCACAAUUUGUUAAUAAGAGAUAUUGUCGCUCGAUGGCCGGGCCUUUGUGCACGACAAGCCCAGUUUGAAAAUGGAGAAAUACCGCAAGGUCACUUAUUGGGAGAUAGCGGCUAUGCAUGUAGAUCCUACUUGUUAACUCCACUUAUAAAUCAGCAGAAUGAAGCAGAGCAUCGCUAUAACAGGUCUCAUAUUAAAAUUAGAAACACUGUUGAGAGAAAAUAUGGCUUGUGGAAGAGGAGAUUUCCCAUAUUAUCUAUGCAGUCUAGCACGGUGACGGCGGUCGACGCCGCUGCCGGCGUAGUGCUGUGUGCCACGAGGAGCAGCAGCGGUGCCAGCAUGCUGGGUUACGUGACUGCCGCCCAGUGCUGCUUCGCAGAGUGUCGCCUCCGAUCUCCAGACGCGCGCGAAAUGUCGGCGGCGGCGGACGCGUCCCAACCGCAGGAUGUCUAA